UUAGCGAUCCCGAAACACCGGCUAUGAAAUAAUUAAAUCAAAACAUAAAUUCGUUAUAACAAACAACAUUUGACCUAAUUAAUUUGAAAAUUAAACGAGUGUCAGAGAUCGUCCCGUCAUUAUCAAAAUGGCUGUCCUUCGAGGCAUCUCUGCGUUAAUUUUCAUCUCAGGAAUACUACAGCCAGGCGAUUGCUCAUUCGCCCAAGCCGUCUUCAGUAAAACUACUGGCAAAUAUUUAGCGAAUCAUGUUAUUGAAACAAAACACGCUGAAACCGAGUUGGAAUGCAGUAUGCAUUGCCUUGAACAUGGAUCUUGUAUGUCGGCAAAUUACAAAAUCUCAGGAAACGGUAAAGGUCGAUGUGAGCUGAACAGCAAGACCAUUCAAGACACAUCUGACGACGACGGAAGUUGUAGUAACCCUGAGUUCAAACAUCUUCAUAUAAUCAACAAGAUUCCUGCAAACCCGAAUCCAACAGAAAGUUUUCAGGCAUCGAAAAAUUCUUCCUCAGGUAUUUUGAGAAAUACCUACAAUUCUUGCACCGUUUUACGAACAAAGGAUCCUUCAGCUGAUAGUGGAAUUUAUUCUCUAAAACCACAAGGACUUAACUUAUCGGUUUCGGUAUUUUGUAAUAUGACCUCAAAGAAUAGUAUUGGCGUGACAGAGAUUGGACAUGACAGUGAAUCGAGGACAUUUGUGAAGGGGUAUGGUUCUCCAGGCUCGUAUAACAGAAGUAUUAACUACGAAAUUCCCAUGGAGGUGAUCGUUGCCAUUAUUCAACAGUCAAAAAAUUGUGAGCAGUUUAUAAAAUACGAAUGUUAUCAUAGCGUUAUCUGGUUCAAAACCACAAAGGUACAUUAUGGUUGGUGGGUAUCGCGUCAAGGCUCAAAGAUGAAUUAUUGGGGAGGAGCAGCGAUCGACAGUGGAGAAUGUGCCUGUGGAAUGAACAACAGCUGUGCAGGUGGAUGGAAAUGUAAUUGUAACAAAAAUGACGAAACAUGGCGUGAAGACAGUGGAUACCUGACAGACAAGAACACACUGCCUGUUACUGAACUAAGAUUUGGAGAUACUGUGAAAGAAGUAGCUGAUAUAGAGGAAGGAUAUCACACACUGGGAAAGUUGCGUUGUUGGGGUUAGGAUGAAGAGAUUAACUGACCAUAUUAGAAAACAUUAAACAGUCCGGAGAUGUGUAAAAUCCUAGUUUAUAAAACAUCGGCAAUUCUCUGACAUUUUAACGUCACGUCUGCUGUUA